AUUUGAGAGCUGGGGUCGAUGUAAUCAGCCUGUGCCCCCCACCCUCCCCCCGAAAUUGCUGGUCUUGUGCUAAAAUUUGAAACCAAUAUAUUUGAGCAGGGGAUGGCAGAACUAGUAGUAUUUGCAGAAAUGCCUUAUACUAUUGAUUAAGGUCCCUUUGUAUUGUGAAUUCAAAUUAUACCAAAUCAUGUAUAACUGAUGACUUACAGUACAGUGCCAAAAUGGAAUACUUCGCAAAUUUCUAUCCGUUCACAUUAUGAGUACAAACUACAAGUAGAUUUAGUCUUUCAUCACCGACUAAUUAAUGAAAUACGUACCAAUAAUUCACUAGGGAUAAUAGCUGUCCAAUAACACAUAGAAAUUGACCCCAUCAUCUCCUGACUGAAAUGGACGACGUUUGAAGGAAAUAUCGUCUUAAACUAUUGCGUAAUAUUUUGAAGAGUGUUAACAAUGUCAAGACAGUGUAGUAAUCGCCCUGGUGUGUUUUAUCAUGACAGAGGACAAUUUAUCGUGAAAGCUCAAACACGUACAAUAACACCAGAGAUCAAGAAGAUUUAUAAGCUAUACUUUGACUGUCCUCUUGUAGAUCAGGACAAGUUAUGGGCACCACAUUUAAUUUGCUCAGCUUGCUCAAAUGGCUUACUUGACUGGUUCAGUAAUAAAAAGAAGUCCAUGUCUUUUGCCAUUCCAAUAAUACGGAGGGAGCCGAAAGACCAUUUUAAUGACUGUUAUUUGUGUUUAUUCUAUGAAGAAUAAACACAAAAUUUUGUAUCCCAAUUUGGAUUCUACAAUGAGACUUGUGCCCCACAAUGGCAGUCUGCCAAUUCCAGUUCCACUGGAUGAUGGUAUUGAAACAUCAGAUGAUGAUGCUGACUGUCACGAUAGUGCUGCUAAGGAAGAUUACCUGGCUGAUGACGAUAGCUUUAAACCUCAGAAAUUUUCCCAAGCUGAACUGAAUGACCUUGUCAGGGACCUGUCCCUCUCAAAAGAUAAAGCAGAACUGUUAACAGCAAGACUGAAGGAGAAGUAUCUGCUAAAGCACGGUGUUCGUAUAACUUAUUUUCGACAGAGAAAUGUGGUUCUACAAACGUGUUUUUUUGUUGAAGGCCUGCUUUGCUUUUGCGGUAACAUCGAUGGACUUUUCGAAUGUUUAUCACACAAUCAUGAUCCUGCAGAGUGGCGUUUGUUUAUUGACUCUUCAAAACGAAGUUUAAAAGCUGUACUUCGCCAUAAUGGUAAUUUGAGGUCCUCCAUUCCUAUUGCACACUCAGUUCAUCUUCAUGAAUCAUAUGAGAAUAUGGAAUUUUACUUCGCCCAGUCUGAGAUUCGAACCCACGAUCUCUCAACCGCGAGUCCGCUGCUCUAACCUUUAGGUCAUGUGCCUCCACAUCAUGUAUGUUUAGUAUUAAAAAAAGAUACAAAACCAGAAACGGAUCGUUGGAGAGGACACCAUGGUGAAUGCCGUUUCCUACAGAAUUACAAAUCCGUCUUUAUGUAGAUUCGUUGUUAUUCGCGUUGGUUUUAUCAACGUGAUGUAGACUUACGAAGCCAACUAAUUAAAAGCAGCUUUCAAUAGACUAUACGAUACCAAUGAAGUCUGAUUGGCAGAAACCGUAGGGCGGUGAGCUGGCAGAAACGUUAGCACGCCGGGCGAAAUGCUUAGCGGUAUUUCAUCUGCCGUUACGUUCUGAGUUCAAAUUCCGCCGAGGUCGACUUUGCCUUUCAUCCUUUCGGGGUCGAUAAAUUAAGUGCCAGUCACGCACUGGGGUUGAUGUUGUAGUGACGCCUUAAUAGCAGACAUUCCGGAAAGCUUAUCCACGCAUGCGCAGGGACUAGUUCCGGAAGGAAUACAAGAAGAGUCUCGUGCGCAUACGUGGUCAUUCGACAUCCAAGUUUCGCACCCUUAUUCAUUCUCUCUUUUCUCGCCGGCCGGCGGAGAGCUCAGACGUACAAGCAGUCUGUCUCCAACAUUCCAACUCUGGAGACAGCUCUUUCCAACAUUCCAACUCUGGAGUUAGACAAAUAACCACUCAACAUCAAUGACGGCGUCUCAGCAACCAAAGGGCGAAGUGCUGCCUAUUUCCUCUGUAAAUAAAUAUUGUUGUGUUGAUAGUUCAGAAUCUGCGUUCCGUUGUUUCUUCAGAAUUUAA